CAGGUAGGUUGGGUAGGUUUGGGAAAUAUGGGUAAAUUGAUGGCGAUCAAUUUGGCAAAUGCGUUGAACGGACAAGGAGCUCCCAAACUAAAAGUGUGGAAUCGAACAACGAGCAAGAGUGAAGAAGCUGUAAAUGAAUCGAACGGAUCAGCAGAAGUAGCAAAAGAAGUUGAAGAGAUUGGCGCGACGUGCAAAGUCAUCUUUUCUUCUUUGGCAAACGAUGAUGUGGUUAAGGCUGUUUAUAAACAAUUAUUUGAUUCGGUCAAAAAGAACAAUAAUACAAAUGUGCUGUUCAUUGAAACUAGCACAGUCUAUCCAGAUGUGACAACGGCUCUUCUUAAUGAUGCAAAAGCUGUUGGAGCAAAGUUUAUUGCCGCUCUGCCAUUCGGUCAACCACCUGUUGCAAAGACUGCUCAAUUAGCAUUUGCGAUUGCCGGAGAAAAGCCAUCUGUCGAAACGGCAAAGCAAUACAUUGUACCACACAUCGGAAGAAUGGUUUUAGAGUUCGGCGAAGAUCCAUCAAAAGCAUCAACGUUUAAGUUGAUUGGAAAUUCAAUCAUUCUUUCAACGGUUGAAAUGAUGACUGAAUCAAUGACGUUAGCCGAAAAGACUGGAAUAGGAGCAGAUCGUGUAUUGGAAUGGGUUGAAGCUUUUUAUCCUGCUCCUUCUGCGAUCAAUUAUGCAACAAAGAUUGCAAGUUUGAAAUUCGUCGCUUCGGGUGGUUUUGACUUACAAGGUGGAUUGAAAGAUGCAACACACAUCGCCAGACUUGGAAAGGAAAACGAUUGUCAAAUGCACAUCGUCGAACAAGCCAUCAAGCAUCUCAAUACUACAAUCGACUUGAACAAAGGUCAAGAAAACAAGGAUUGGGCAGCUCUAGCCGCUGCUCAACGAGUUCAAAGUGGUCUUAAGCCAUUCGAGAAGUAA